AUGGAAAUCACAGCAUUUUGUGUAAGGUUUGGCGAGGGCAGCAGUCUGUGGGUCAGGACAUCUAAAUUUGCUCGCUUCCUACCAGUGUGCUACCAGGGUUGGGACCAGAGUUAUGCUGACCACACCUGUGCUCAGCUGGGUUUCAGAAAGUCAUUUGCCACUAAAGCCAUUCAAUCAAAUGAGUCCAUUGGUUUAACAGUGACCCAGCGACCAUCUUUGCCUAUCCAGGACUGUGGUCAGCAAAAGUCCUCAUCCCGGAUCAUUGGGGGCACUGUAGCCAAGAUAGGUCGGUGGCCUUGGCAGGUGUCGCUCCAUUUCAGAAGCACCCACGUCUGUGGAGGAGUGUUGAUCGCUCCUGACUUUGUGGUGACCGCUGCUCACUGCUUCCCGAGCCUCCUAGAUCUAGUCGUGUCCCAGUGGAAAGUAUAUGCCGGAGUGGUGUCUCAGGUGAAAUUACCUCAGCCUUACCUAGUUAAGAAGAUCCUACUAAACACAAACUUCAACAACAAUACUAAAGACGCGGACAUUGCUCUGCUCAAACUUUCAUCUCCAGUUGUUUUCGAUGAUAAGGCCCAGCCAGCUUGUCUGCCAAUUUUCAACCAGCAGUUUAACGAAGGAACCACAUGCUGGACUACGGGCUUUGGCACCACUGUGGCAGGAACAUACACUGCGUCCAACGAUCUGAUGGAAGUGAAUGUGAACAUCAUAGAUACACAAGAGUGUAACAAGCCCCAUAUUUAUGGAGGUGCUGUGACCAAGAGCAUGCUCUGUGCUGGUGACCUGAAGGGAGGUAAAGACUCCUGUCAGGGUGACAGCGGCGGACCUCUGGUGUGUAUGCAAGACAACCGUUGGUAUCUGGUGGGCAUCACCAGCUGGGGAGAUGGCUGCGGUGAAAAAAACAAACCUGGCGUUUACACCAAAAUCACUAGUGUUCUCCCCUGGAUUGCUAGUAGCAUGCAGCAAGAGAGGCCGUGAUGCCCCUUUGUCUCCUGCGGCUGGUCUGCUUCUCCGUUCCCCGGUGAAGCUGCAUUAUAUGAACCUGUCUCAUACAUAGAGUAGAAGACUGAACUGAUGAGGAGAUAGAAAGACAAAUGGACAAAAAGUUGCAUGCUGGCUUGUAACAGUACAAUAAA